CGAUAGGCAGCAUAAAUUUUUUUUUUGUGGCAUGUUUCAAGCCAAACACAAAAAUCCCGCAGUGUAAAACGAGGCAACAGCAACAGCAUAAGAAGAAGAACCAAAAAAGAAAACUUGUUUGAAACAAGCAAACGCCAAGACGAGAGACAACGACGACGAACAAGACGCUAAAAGGCAAUUUAAACUCUGUGCCUGAGACGUGCCAAGCAAAGCAGAAACAGAAGCAACAACAGCAGCGGCAACGGCAGCAGCGGCAUUUGCAGUCGUCUGCUUUUUCAGCCAAAGCGAAAAAAAAAAAGUAUCAAACGCGAUUGGCGAUUAGCGAUAGGCGAUAACAUAAAAAACAAUAUAGCAGCAUGGACGAAGAUGACAACAUAUCCAAUGCUGAUAUAAGUAUCGAUGAGGAAGACGACGAUGAGCCGGAACAACAGUCUCAUCAGCAUCCACAGCAACAAGAACAACAUCCCCCUCCACAGCAGGAUAACAACAGACGAAGAGCAGGCAAUGAGGAUCGCAUCGACACUGACGAGCUUGAGGCGUAUCCGCAGCAAUUUCAGCUGGCUAAUGUGGCCAGCAGCAGCAGCAGCACAAGCAGCAGCACCACAAGCGCCGACAGCGGCGGAGCGGCGCGCACUGGGGCCACCGACUCUGGUGCAACCGGCAAUUCACCGUUCCACGAUUGGGAUACACAGCAGAGCAACGCACGCAGCAGUAAUAGCAAUGCCGGCAGCGGGCUAACAGCGAGUACGGAUGAAAUGAACGAAGGCGGUGCCGGGAAUGCGGGUGCCAAGCCGAGCUUCUUCUUUAGCACAUCAUCGUUCAUAUUGCGUAGCCGCAAGGAGGUAGCCGCCCUAAUCAAUACAGAAUGUUGCCGUGGCAGCCCGACGCCCGACUUGGAUUCCAUUAUGGAUACAUUAUUUAAUCCUGGCACGCCCAUCGACAAUCCCGAUAAUAUUGAGUGGAUACGCUGGCUGAUCGCUGGCGGUCGAACGCCCAAGGAAUUUGUCAAAAUUGUUCGCAGCUAUGAUAAUCAUGCCAAAUGCGGCCUGGUCUGGGUGCCCCAUGUGGUGGCAUAUCGCUGUCGCACCUGCGGCAUCUCGCCCUGCAUGUCCAUAUGUCGGGAUUGCUUCAAGAAGGGCAAUCAUAACAACCAUGACUUCAACAUGUUCUUGUCGCAGGCAGGCGGCGCCUGCGAUUGCGGCGAUACAUCGGUGAUGAAGGCUGAGGGAUUCUGCAGUGAUCAUGGCAUCAAUAAUCGUGUCAACCGGGAACCAGUCCCCAAUAAUCUAUUGGCCGUGGCGGAGGCGAUUAUGCCAAAGCUGCUGUUCCGGCUGCUGCAGCAUUUUCGGGAGCACAGCGAUGCCUCACUGCAGGCGCACUCCAUCACCUCGUAUUCGUGCGAGGCCUUCGCCAAUAUGCUAAUCGACUUGAACAACAUGGGCGAAAUUAUGCGCAAAGUGAUGACCCGCACGCUAAUCAAUCCCGAUGUCUAUUCAUAUUUUAUGGAAACACCUUGUCAGGAUACGCGCAACGGACGCUUUCUGAAGGCCAACCGUGAGAAAUAUGAAGAUGCAGUCAAUCGGUUCCCCAAUCCCGAGCCACCCGAUGAGUAUCGCGAUUUGCCAGCUUUGGGCAAGAAGCUGGUGCAUACAACACUACUCGAGGAAUUCAUAUUUUGGACAUUCAAGUUUGAAUUCCCGCAAACGUUGGUCUGCUUUCUGCUCAACAUGUUGCCCGAUCAGGAUUACAAGGAACAUCUGACGCGUACAUUUGUGAUGCACUACAGUCGCAUUCCAUCGGUGCUUGAAAUGUCCAGGGAUCCGGAUACGCUUAGCAACCGGGUUGUCCAUAUGAGCGUGCAGCUAUUCUCCAACGAGAGCCUGGCCCUUAAAAUGGUCAACGAGCUGUCGCUGUUACAUGUGAUGAUAAUCAGUUUAAAACUGAUGAUGUCCAAGAUACUCAUACAAAAUACGCUGCACGAUCCCGCAAAGAAUUUUCACUUUGUGAUCGAUUGUACGCGUCAGGUGAUGAAGGAUCAUUGCUAUUGGCCACUCGUAUCGGACUUUAACAAUGUCCUCUCGCACGAAUCAGUCGCAUUGGUCUUUCUGCGCGACGAUAAUCUCAUUGAUAUGUGGUUUCAGUUCCUGCAAAUGUUGCAGGGCAUGAAUGUGAAUGUCAGAGAAACGGCAUCGCAUGUGGAGUUCGAGCCGAAUAGCUAUUAUGCGGCAUUCUCGUGUGAACUGGAGGCCAGUGCCUAUCCCAUGUGGUCCAUCAUAUCUCAUCUGCAGGAUGGCACACAUGCCCACCUCGCCAAAAAGAUCAUCAACUACUGUGUGACAACGCUGCACGAAUGGCUAGACUCGAUCUACUUCAGGGAGCCCAAAUUGUCGCUGGAGGAAAUGAUGCAGGCCUCGUUUCAUUUUCCGCUGCAUCGAUAUCUAGCCGCCUUUGUCUGUCAAGCCGUCACCAAAAUGGGCAUCAGCCUCAGCGAUGUGCUGCCCUCACGUCCCGACAUUUUGCCCUUGCUAAUGAUACAUCCAUUGCGUGUGCAGAGCUUUUUCUACGAAAUUCUUGCCGGGAAAUGGGUGCGCAACGGGCUACAAAUCAAAGGCCAAGCAAUGACCUACAUACAAGCGAACUUUUGCAAUUCCAUGGCCGACAUGGAUCUAUUCUUUCUGCAAAUUUGCGCUACAAAUCUGUCGCAAUACUUCUUUCUGCAGAAUACGAUUGAAUUGUUCGAUGUGGGUCAAUGGCUGGAAACGGCGCCGCUGAAGCAACCACAAAAGCCGGAACAAUCAUCGAUGCUCGAGGGUUUUCUCACAUUCCUGGCUACCCUGGUAACGAGUCGCACCAAUUUGGGCAACGAUGAGGCGACCCAAUGCAUCAUUGAGAUUAGCGCCCUGUUGGCAACUGAAAACAAGACGCAUUCACAGUUGCUUGAACUGAUGCCCGAGCGUUCGGGCAAUGUGCACACAAAGAACUUUGAGACGUUCCUCAAGAAGCUAUCCGUGUACAAAGCACCAUCGAGCGGGUCGGAGAAUCUGGAACAGGGUCUCUUCACGCCCAUCGAUGAGGUGUGGGAGGAGUAUUAUGAUCCAUUGCAUGUGCUGCUGCGCGCUGUCCAUCGGCGUGACUUUCAAUCGUCGCUGGAUCGUUUCACCAACUAUGUGAAGUCAAAGGAUAAGAUGCCAGCCAGUGGAAAUCUGUGGCCACCAUUUCGUUUGCCAUUGCCGGUGGGCAGCGCAUUCACCGAUCCCUGCAGAAUUCUCAACUCUCGCCUCUUCCAUUCGACCAUACUGUCGAUCUUCUUCCGGGCCGUGCAUACGCGAGAUGUGUCCGAGCAUCUGCUCGCCUUGGCUGUCUUUCUGCUCGAGAUCGCCGUGGAGACGAGCAGCGAUAUAAAUGCAGGAGGAGCAGGUGGCUCGUCGAACUCAUUUGGCGGGCCGGUCGCCUCACCCGUUGCCAUGGUCGAGUGUGAGCCGCAGCAUAAAUCUGGCUACUACUACGGCGGCAGCCGACGUGAGCCGCCCAAGCUCUUCCAUUGCUAUCCCACGGACAAUCUCAGCUGCAAUCUGCGCCAUGUGGUGACAAAGGUUUCGCUCAAGUCGCGCGAUCCACAAGUGACCACGUCUAGCUAUCGCUCGAAUCCGUUCUUCUCAGAUCUGGACUUUGAUGUCGAUACGGGCGGUAUGCGUAUGAUUGGCGACAGCUACGGCCUGGACGAUCUCGACGAGACAUCGGGCGCAAUGAGCGUGGCACGCACGCAACAGCAGCGCGCCAAUAAUGCACUCACACGCAUGCGCAUGGAGGUGGCACUGGUGCCCGAUCUGUCGGUGGUCGCCGAGACGGGCGUCGUAUUGCUCCAGCCGGAUGGUUCUGAUAGCGAUGGCCAUGAUGCGGCCAUGGAUAUGAGUCCGGCAGGGGCUGAGUACCCACAUUUCCCAUUGCAACAGAUAACGCUGCCCGAGAGCGGCAUGGAAGUGGCCAUAAGACGUGAUCUCCUGCUUGCCGAGACGACGACGUCAGCGGCAGCAACGAACGACGUUCGUGAUAGGGAUAGAGAUAGGGAGCGGGAGCGUGAACGGGAUAGGGACAGGGACAGAGACAGAGACAGGGACAGGGACAGGGAGCGCGAUCCGCGCCACACUGGCUCCACAAACACAACCAAUGAAAUGUUCUCACCCACAACGCCGACGGGCGGCAUGCUGUUGCCCUUCCAGCGGGUGCGUCUGCCAGUGGCUGUGCCCAGCAGCAACAUGGAUGUGGUGCCAUCGAAUGCGUUGAGCAGCGGCGCUGUUGUCGGUGCCGGGGGUCGCAUGACCUACGAUCCAAGUGGCGGACGCAAGCGCACCGUCGACAUUGCCAUCGGUGGCCCCGCCAACAAGGAUGAGCUGCAUAUAGACGAGAGCAUAUUGUCGCUGCUGCUCAAGCUGCACUCGCAGCUGAGCGGAAAUUUGGACAGCUUCUCGCUCAGCGAUGGCGGUGGCAGCAACAACAACAACAGCAGCGGCAGCAGCAGUAGCUCUGCUGCUUCAUCCUUGCCCAUGGAUGUGGACUGCAAUGAGGCGAGCACCUCGACGAGCACUGCGCUGGCCGAGCGCGGGCAUAGUUUUAGCAGUAACUAUAAGAACAUUCAAGUGUCCAAUUCGCGCAUCGGCGACGGACCCUUCUUCAUUGGGAAUCUGCUGCGCAAGAUCGCGACAAGGGAUGAGCUGUGUGCGCAGAGCAUCGAUGAUAUACGGGCCCGCUUGUGGCCCAAUCAGCGCGAGAAGCAGGCGGAGGCACGGGCACGCGAGACCAAGGAGAAGGAGGAGCGCCGCAAGAAGGCACGCGAGCGCCAACAGAAGAUGAUGCAGGACUUUGCCAACAAGCAGAAACAGUUUAUGCAAUCGGCCGCAGCGGCGGCCAACAAUAUGGACUUUGGGGCGGAGGAUGAGGAUGAUGAGGCCAUGUAUGAGGAGCAGCCGAGGGAGAAGGAAUACGACUGCAUCAUUUGCAAUUGCACCACGCCCAGCACUGAAACGAAUCCCAUUGGCCUCGUCGUCCUGAUCGAGUCCAGCGGCAUCGUUGGCCAUCGACGUCGCAUCGCCGAACGUCUGCCCCUGCCCCUCAAUGAUGCGGACAAGGAGCGUUUGGCCCUGACCACACGAUUGGCCACCGAAUUCGCCCGGCGCACCGAGCUGCUUAGCCUCAAAUUCGGCGACGAGUCGUGGUAUCUAUCGAAUAACAUGGCCUACGACAAUGGCGUCCAUGUGCAGUCGUGUGGCCAUCAUGUGCAUCUCAGCUGCCUGGAGGCGUAUCUGAAGACGCUCUAUACGACGCAACGUCAGCCCGUGCAGGAUCGUGGCGAAUUCUAUUGCCCUGUCUGUCGACAGCUAUCCAAUUCUGUGCUUCCACUCAGUCCACAGCUGGACAGGCCAACGCACCUCGUCCGCUCCGGCAAUCAGCCGUUCGAGCAGCUAGUCGCCGAUCUCACGGAUCUGAUCAAAGAGAACGAAACGAUACCGCAGCCGACGAAACUAACAGAGGCCAUGGGACAUGCCAUGGAGGUGAUGACCAACAUAGCGCAGCGCAAGGUCAAAUCCACGAAGAUCACGUUCCGGAAGCUGUUCAUAUUUGUGACAUCGAUAGCGCGCACCAAUCUGGAGGCAGAGAUAAUACAGCGCGGCGGAUCGCUGUGCUCCUCGAAUGCGACGCGCUACAAGCCGAAGCGGGAUUGCAUUGUGCCACUGUUGCAUGUGCUGUCGGUGCAUGUGCGCGUUCUGGUCGAGUGGCCGCUGUGGAGCAGCUGGGCAUCGCUGGCCGGUAUGCCGGUGACCGACACCGAGCCAUUGCCCACGCAUUGCCGCGAGGUGAUUCCCAGCCUGCUGGCCGAUCCGAUAGCGCUGUUGCUCAAAUUCAUAUUGCUGGCGCCGCUGCAUCUCGAUCAGGAUUACUUCACCUGCAUGGUCAAGGUCAUGUACAAUCUGCUCUACUAUCAGAUUGUUGUGCAAUUGUGCGUUACGCUCACCGAGCUCGAGUGCGAUCACAUUUUGGCCAAUUACGGCGACGAAACGGCCCCAGCUGGCUCACCCACCACAGCAGCAGCAGCAGCAGCAGGAGCAACAGGAGCAACGGCAGCUGGAGCAGCGAGCAGCAGCAAUCGUCGCAGCAGCAGCGCACGCUUUGGCCCCGCCCAGAGCUGUGCGGAGCUGGGCAGAGCGAUGGCCCUGGUGCUGAAUCAAACGAAUCGCCUGACGCAUCUGCGACGUGACAGCCUGCCCAGCACCAGUAGCAGCAGCAGCAGCAGCAGCGGCGGCGGCAGCGGCAGCACAACAACAGCAGCUGGAGCAGCUGGCAACAGUAGUCAAUCGGCAUCUGAGCUCAAUCUCAAGUCAAUGGAGCUGCAGCUGCAGUCGUUGUGUUUGCCGUUCCUGCGCAUUGCCGCGCUGCUGCGUCAGCAUUUGUAUAGGAACGAGAUGCCAGAGAUAUCGGCGCCUGGGCUGGAGUUUGUGCGUUUGGUUUACUAUUUGGAACUGGUCACCGAUUCCAUGGACUGGGAUUGCUUCAAUGCAUCGAAGGGCCUGUGCUUUAUACCCGGCACCGAGCACACCUUGCCGCAGUUCUGGUGCAAGCAGCUGAUGGACGUCCAUCCGCCCUCGGAUACGGUGCGCGAGCUGAUACUCAUGAAUCAACACUCGCUGUGGCAGCAGCCGCGUCUGCUCAAGCUGCCGCGCGAAUACGAGCGUCUCUUUACGUACUAUCAUGAGCGUCCAUGCCUCAACUGCUACAAGGUGCCGAAGGAGAGUUCCAUUUGUUUGCUAUGCGGCACAAUUGUCUGCCUCAAGCAGAACUGCUGUGCGGAAAAGGAGUGCUGUGAAGCCGUGCGGCACACAUUAUCCUGUGGCGGCGGCAUUGGCAUCUUUCUGGUUGUCACCUCGACGUAUAUAAUUGUCAUCCGGGGACGACGUGCCUGCCUCUGGGGCUCACUCUAUUUGGAUGAUUUCGAUGAGGAAGAUCGUGAUCUCAAACGCGGCAAGCCGCUGUAUCUGAGUCAAGAUCGAUUCGAUUUGCUGGAAUCUCAGUGGCUGUCACAUAAAUUUGCACACACAAAGCAUACGUGGGUGUUCCAUCGUGAUCUCUUGUGAAACAUGGAAGACCUAUUGCGCAGCAUACAGGAGCUGGUUGGCCAGAUCUAAGCAGGAGAGAGACACACACAGCGAGGGAGCGAGCGAGGGAGAGAAAGACAGAAUGAAAUGAUGCCAAUCCGAAAGCCUGAAUCGAGUCCUCGUCUCCACAACCUUCAACUACUUUCUUAGCCAAAGAAACGAUGGUCUCUCAUCAGCUUCCCAUACACACACUCACUCACUCACACUCACACACACACACACACUACUAUGUCUUAAAAAAC